GCCGGGUCUGCACUGAGCUGUUCUGUUGCGGAGUAUCUGAGCGUCCCCAGAGAAAGCAAGGGAACCAAGGCCAGGGCUGCUGGGGUGACAGUCAGGGGAGCAAUAGGGUUAGUUCUGUUUAUUCACCGACCGGGUAGGGCUCAGAACUGGACAGGAGCCAGAACAUCUGAGUUCAAUUCCUGGCCAGCCCAGCCCCCUUCUUGGUUGGGGUGAAGAGGGAGGGCUCUAGGCUUGGUUGCAGACAUUCCGCUACCCUGCCCUAGGGCUGUUGAUGAUGACUCAGGCAUAACAUCUUGCUCAAAGCACCAGGAAUCUGAGGCUCAAAGAGGUCUCACAACAGGCACAGGCCAUGGAAAGGAAUGACAUCAUUGACUUCAAAGCUUUGGAGAAAGAGUUGCAGGCUGCCGUUACUGCUGAUGAGAAGUACCAGAGGGAGAAUGCUGCCAAGUUUCGGGCCGUGGAGCAGAGGGUGGCUUCCUAUGAGGAGUUCAGGGGUAUUGUCCUUGCAUCGCAUCUCAAGCCACUGGAGCGGAAGGACAAGAUAGGAGGAAAGAGGACUGUGCCCUGGAACUGUCACACUACUCCAAGAAGGACCUCUCAGGACGAAACCACUGAGAUCUCCCCGGAGAAAACACUCCUGCAGCCCGCGACCUCAGCAGAGUUCUACCGUGAUUGGCGGCGAUACUUGCGGCGUGGGCCAGAGCGCUACCAGGCCCUGCUGCAGCUCGGAGGUCCCAAGCUGGGCCACCUCUUCCAGACGGACGUGGGGUUCGGACUCCUGGGGGAGCUGCUGAUGGCACUGGCUGAUCAUGUGAGGCCGGCUGACCGGCUGGUGGUGCUGGGGAUCUUGCGCGGCCUGGCCAGUACCGGGCGCUUUGCCCUGAACCUGAGCCUGAUGAGCCACGCAGAGAGAGAGAGCUGCAGAAGCUUGUUUCAGAAGCUGCAGGCCAUGGGCACCCCUAGACCCACGAAGGAGGGGCUCAGCCAGGAGGAGCAGGGUCUGGAGGAGCAGCCUGGUGGGCUCCAGGAGGAGGAAAGUCUCCUACAAGAACUGCUAGGGUUGUACCAAGUGGAUUGAUGGGGCCAUUAUCUUCCGAGGCCCCCAGA